CUCAUAGUAGCCUUUUUUUGUUGCAAGUCGAACAAGUGGUCAUGAUUUUAUAUAUCAGUUUCUUCUGCACAACACUAAAUACUUCGCUCCGCUGCAGUCUUCGUGGUUCACUAUCAUCAACAUCAACGCAGUCGCAGUGCUGAUGCAGCUUCUGUAUACCCGACAGAGUUCUUCUUCCUCGCUUCGUCUACAGCGGUUUGCGUGAAAGUAUAAUAUUGCCGAGUAGAUGAAAAUGAUGCUGACCCAAAAUAAUUGGAGCGCCGGCGCUUACUCGCCUGUCGUUGUGGCGGCGCAGAGUUUGAAGAAUUCUCCAGACUUCCACCGCAAUGCAAGAGAAUCAGUAUACGCCGCGUCACCGCGCACCACAGCGACGGCCGCAAAAAGAUUCAACUACCAGCGGCUGAUGCAGAUUUUCGGUACUUCCACUUCGUUGAAAUUGAUACACUUUUUGCAGCCCGAACAAGGAUGAUCGCGGCUCUGACGAUUUCAGUUUUUCUUCUCGUGAAACAUAGAGCGGGAGGUCGUGGAUGAAUGAUACAACCACCUACAAGCUAGUAGCUGCGUGCUUUGCCUUUGUUAACAUGAAUGUCUGGGUUUGCAGCGUGAGCGUAUAUUAACAAAUGAAGAUUUGAACAUCAUUCACAAACGCGAACUUUAGAAACCUACGACGUGCCGACUCGAAAUGGUGUUUUAGAGUCGGAGGAGCAACAGGCGGACGCCUUGGAAGCAGGAUGUCGCUUUGUGCUACAAUGCCAGAAAGUCACCGAGGAACAGUUUCACCAGGUCCUGAGCAAGUCGCCGCUCCUGCAAGAUAUCCUGUUGCGCCGACGGUACCACGACGGGCUUCCUCUUGCGGUCUUCUUCGAGCUCAUGCAGAUUGUGUCCGCAAAUCUCGAGUACGCCGUCCGCGACUUGGAACGGCAAGCCCCGGUGGACCCAGAGGCGGGGGCGAGCGCCGGUAUGCCAAUAGUAUGAGAAAUAAUGGUGAAAAACCUUGUUGCUGAUCUUCAGUCUGAGUAUGAAAAUGAUCCAUGUGGUUAGUCUUCGCAUAAUUCGCGAAGACCCUAUAUCACAACCGCAGGUGCAUCGAUUUCGGAGAUGCGCAUGAGCCGAACUGCGUGCGGGGUCGUGCUGCAACGUGCACCCAAACCGCACCAGCGGGCGCAAUCCUACAGCACGGUCGACGUGACCAGGCGCAGCAUGGACCGGCACUACUUCGCCUCGGAGUACUUGAGCAAAAGCGCAGGUGACCACGCAUCGCCCACGACUGCAGCGGGCCGCAGCUACCUGCACGAUUACAACAACGACGAGCAGCUGACGAGUGCCAACGUUUCGAAAAUCGAGAUGGAGCAGCAGAUGUUGAAUGUGAACAAGAAUUUGAGCUUGAGUCUCGCAUCUCUACAGCAGAUCCGGCAGUCCAAGUUCAAUAUCCACAUGCGUGGCCCGGGCAACAGCGCAUUUGCCAACGAGUUCCCGAACAUGAACAUUGGGAGCCGGGGACUGGGUGUCGUGAACAGCAGCGAUUGCCACCGGUGGAAUCCGGGCUCAACGUCGAUUUCCCACCUGAAUCGCGCGUUCACCCAGCCGUCGCGAUACAAGAAGAUUCCGUCAAAAGUGAAGCAGCUGCUCGCACAGCCCUUGCUCGACGACAACCGUAGGCUGAGCGGCAACUACUGGCUGGAGGGAGUCCACUACCCUGCCGGAACGACGGGCACGGGAACCCUAUUCGCGCCGCCGGGGGCUGGUGGUCUGGCCGCUGCCGCGUCACCCGGAAGUUUGAUUUCCACGUCUGGAGGCCCUCAGCUUUCUCCCACGACGCCGACAGCCCGCAGCCCAGAAGGGCCAGGCUUGACCCUCGGGCAGCAGUACCUAAACCUGCUUGCCAAGAACCCGAGUAACCAUGUGGUAGGCGGUGGCACUUCAUCAAGCAUUAGCCGCGGCGGGGUUUCGAGUGCCACAACUCAACAGUUCGCUGGCUCCGCCGCGCCAGGUGGAACUGCAAUUAUGGCACGCGUCGCAGGGCCAGGGGGGCAAUUAGAAUAUCAUCAGGAACAUCACCUACAGCAACAAGAACAAAGCGCUGUCGUCCAACCUCGCGGUCCCAGCCCUUUUGGUCCAACGAGUUCUUACCAUGCUUCUCCUGCGGGCGGACCGGCCGCGGCCUCGUCUACUCUCAGUUACAGCCCGGCGAGCGGCGGCUCUCCGAUGAUGGUGCGGCACAGCCCCAAGCAGCGGCCGUCGUCUUCUGUCGCCGGGGGUGCGACAGCGUCAGCGUCGGCGACGAGCAGCAGUACAACUAUGAUGACGCAGAUUGGCAUGAAAAAUCCCCUAGACACCGCGAUGCAGCAUGUUACCUCGGUGGACGGAAGCGCGAUGAACAUGCACGCUACACAUCAUCACCAUCACCACCAAUCUUACAACCCCCAGGUCGUGGGGGGUGCAGGUGCAGUUGUCGAGAGUAGAACUGCGAUUUCUGGUCAAGAUGAACAGCUACGGCAUCAUCACCACCACCACCACGGGCACGGUGACGAUGCUACUAGCGUGGCAGUUUCGGGCGGACAUCGUCAAGAACAUGAGCACCAUCAUCGUCACCACCACCAGCAUGAGACAAUUGUGUCAUCAACCAGCACCGGCACCGAUGCUGCAGUUCCAGUUGGAGGUAGUUCUCCGGGAGGUGGUCGUCCCAAGAGAGCAGUAGGGCUCGGCGACGAGGACGGCGCAGAGAGAACACGAAUGACGCACUAUCAAAUGUAAAAGUGUCUGGGUCUGGAAGAUUGGAACUUGUGAUGCUAACUUUGGACUCUAGAAAAAUCUGUAUUGCAUGACCAGCAAGAGGAGUCUAGUUUGUGCUACGCGGGGAUGGCGUUUCUCAUGCGGAGUAGGCAUCAGGAAGCCAGCUCAAAACCUGUGAUGCGCGGUCGCGCAUUACAGACAUCCUGGGUCAUGCAAAACAUGCACGACAAAUCUCAGAAUCUUCCAGACCCAGACAUUUUUACACUUGAUACGCACGGUCUCUGGACGACGCAGCAACAGCUGCAAUCGUCCAGUAGCAGCAGCUAUCCACUGCAAGAAAUAUGUCUGGGUCUAGAAGGAUGCAGAGGUUUGUGAUGCAGCUUUUGCCUGAGCCAGAACAAGCAGGAUCUGGCAUGUACGCCCUAGCAUUUUUACAGGCUUUGAGAAGGUUUCUUUCUUGCAAUGCAGCGCAAAGAUUCGCAUCACAAAGCCCUUCUUUCAUCGGUGGCAAAAAUUGUGCAACUUUUGGUUUCCUCGCAUGACAAAUUUUUGUGUGAUGUGAAAUCCGCAUCACAAGGUCGCAUCCCUGCAGGUCCACCGGACAUGUUUUUAGCAGUGGAUAGCAGCAGCAGUCGGUCGCGGAAGAUAUUAACGAAUCAAUCGCCUGCCGCAGCUGGCCCAGCUAUCUCGACCAACAGAAGUGCCACCAGUCCGGCUCCGCCACAAGAGUUCGUCCCGGUGCAGCACCUGAAUCCCACCUCGCAACUUUACGACAAUGCAGUGCAUUACGCGAAGACCACGAUGAAUCAAAACAAGCAGGGUCAAAACCACAAGCAAAAUGCUAGAGGAGCUUCACAGCAAUACGUGGGAGCUCCUUCCGAGCAAGACAAUUCGCAGCGCAGCGAGCAGCGGCAGCCGCAAAAGAACCGGCCGCUUUUAUACUUCAACGCGGACGGUUCGAUAUCCUCAACGACGGUGCAGUCAGACGCGGAAAUUCGCGAUUUCAGGUCGCAUACGCAAUCCGACGGUAUUAAUACAACUGGUGGACCACCUCCACACCCAGCUGCUCGUCCUCGCGGUGCACACAAAAAACUAAAGGAACCCACACCGAAUGCCAAAGGUAAGAACCAGCACUCUGCUAUGGAUGUUCGUGAUGUGGUACAACGAGCUCUCAAGGAUGUCACUUCAACAGAUAACGCCGUGGCCGUACCAUGAUUAUAUAUACGGCAUCCAUCACAUUGGGUUCGUGGUUAUGGAUCUCCUUCCCAUCGUAGUAAUAACUAUAUGUAACAGUAACAUUAUUGCUUGUCUCGGUGCUAACCACGUUGUGCUGAGCAGUCCCCACCGCAAAGAAAUCGAACUUUGAUCAGGGACCCCGCUCCUGCAAGCUGGUAGUGCCGAACAGGACCACAGCAGCGAUCAGCUUCCGGAUCAUUCCACCUCCUAUCCGCCAGUUCUCCCGCCCCUCAGCGGUGCUGCGACGUUUGCAACAGAAUCGUGCCGCAUGCGCAACGUGAACACAGAGACGCUAUUGGAUAGUGUGCGAGAGAAAUUGAGUGACUACGUGGCAUCGCAGUCGGGUUCUCCCAAGGCCUCGAUGAAACUCCGCGAAGAUGAAGACCCUGCGGACGAGCUCAUCCCCCAAAUAGAGGCGGACCUGCUUUCCGCGGCGCGGGAGUUUGAUCCGCAAACACAGCAGCUAAACGCCAGGUUGAGACACCUGGCGGCCUGCAGAGACCAGGAAGAACAAGUGUAGGAGCGGAUGCGGAUUAUUAUAGAUUUAUAACGUCGACGUCCACCACCUCUUACUUCUUGUCCCUCCUCUAGUUCUACUGAAGGUGCCUCCUUCUUCUACUUCUGGGCAACUAGUACAGUACAGUCUACCAAUCGACGCCAAGUGAACUUUCUUUUUGCAGUACCCGUGGAAUAGCUGCAUGAUCGCAGUUCCUUUUAUGGCUCAGUAAUGAUAAUGAACGUAAAGAUGCAGAAAAUCAUCGAAAAAUAAGCAGUGCACGAUUUACUACUAUACACCAGUUCUUGAUACUUAUAUUAAGCGUGUCAGUUAGUUUCUGUUUCUCUAAAGAGUUGCGUUUGUUUCAUGAUUCAUUGCAGCACCAGACCUUGUGGUCCCGACUUUUUUCUUGCAGCGAGCAGCGUAGACGGCUUUCGCCGCACGACACCAAGACCUAGGUUGUGUGGAGGCGCGUGUUUCUUUGCACUGAGACUGAAGGUGAAGUUGAGCCGAGGAGUUUUCGGAAUGAACCAACACGACAACGAAGAAACAGCAAGAGAUCACGGAAUGACGCUGAUUACCUCCUUCUAUGAGUAGUUUUCUUGUCCAAAAUCGAACACCACGAGAACGAGACAACUUCUUUGAACUGGUGGCCUACGAUCAGAAAAAAAGAAUCCAUCGUUGUGCCGUGCUAGGAAGAUCUUGCUGUCCACAGAAAAAUAAACCUGAAGCGAAGUAGAUCCAGAUGCCAAGAAGUUGUAGUGAAAUAAAUUGAUGACCGAUGAUCAAAAUUUCUAUACUUCUUCUCAGUGUAUAAGAGCACAAAAUCACAACGGAGGCUUGAUGAUCAGAAGUAACUCCGGAGAAAUGAUAUAUGAUUGUUAUACGGCGAAAAGCAAAAAUGUCACUAUCUUUUCGGGCGUGAAGGUGGCAGAUGAGAUGAUCAUAAAGAUACUCGUUCUGAGAUGACGAGGACGCCACUUGUGAUAGUAGCACUCGAACAAAUCGAAAAGUAUAG